ACCUAUCUUUCUGUAGCGUCUGGCACCUACAAACCUCGCCCUACACCCGACUAUCUGUAGCACAUCGUACUUUAAUACCCAAACCGUCAGUUAGCAUCCAUUAUGGCAUCACAUACAUACCCUCCCCCUGAACCCCGCACCAUCGCACCCCCAACCAACAAUACCCUUUCGUCGAAGGAGCGCUCUGCACUAGUGCGCUCGACCAAGAAGAUAGGACGUAUGCUCGGUGAUAUCCCGCGAUUUGUCGAUGAUAUUGAAGAUCAGUUCGUCAUGGUAACGCCUCCAAGACCACCUACUCCAGUUGGACCCUCCAAAGAAGACACAUGGAAGAGUCGUAAACCGACUCACCUUCCCCCGCUUAUGAAACUCUCUGGUGGGAUUGCCAUGGACUCCAACUCCCCACCCAUGCCCCCACGUACUGCACCUGCACGGCGCACUAGCAUCGUAUCAACUUCCUCCAGCAAAUCUUCUAUUCAAGAACAGCUUCUCACCCCAUCCAAGGAGGUUGCGCACAGACGCAGCAAAAUGGAAAGGCUACGAAGGAGGCUAGGUGAAGAGGUUCCAGUAGAAGCCGUUUUCCCAUCCGCCCCUGCCAGCCCGAGGACACCCAUCCCACAUACCGCGAUGCCCGAACGCUCGCAUAAUCAUAACCGCUCGCGGUCUGUACACCCUUCACACGACGACACUGUCACAUUCUCGAUAGAUCAUCACACUGUCGUUCUGAAAACAACCACACGAGCUAACCAGCCUCACUCACCUCAUCCUCAUCGUUCCCACCAUCCACACAAAUCCGCACAUCGCCCGCCGCCAUUGCCUAUGACCGGGCUACCACCGUUGCUCAAGCCUAAGCAUCCUCGCAUCUCGGAUGAAGCAGGUCUAUUGGGCGUGAGGGCCAAGACAGCAGCAGGUUCUAAGAUCGGCGGUGCAGAAUUCAAGGCCGCAAGACGCGCCAAACGGGAGGGUUUCGGUGAAGUAGAGAUGGUUGGGUUCAUGGGUGGUUUUUAGGCCUUCCUGUAAGCUCAAGAGCUUCUUCCAUGUGCUCAUGGUGGAUAUAUGCAUAUACAGUGCUCUCGCGUGGAGCAAUCAUAUGCUUCGGGGAUCUCGAGGUUUUGGUAUGUUUAUCUAUGCGAGUUUGGGUAUGCCUUCAUGUCGUCUCUCUAUGCUGUCAAUCGCUUUCUCUUGAUGACACUACGCACUACA